GCCCUCGCUACGGAAGCCCUGAAACAGCUACCAGAGGCGACAGAUUGUUACCAAUCGUUGGGAACAGAUGCCGCUCCUUCCGUGUGGCAUCCUGGCGGACACAUCAACAAGACCGACUACGUAAAUGGCGCAAGGAGGAAAGACGAUACCAUUCAAGCAUUGCUGAAUGUCAAUCUUCCCAGCCCGACGUUGGAGCCUGUUACGGCGCCUUUCGAGUAUAUCUGCUCCCUCAAAUCCAAAUAUGUUCGCGAAAAGCUCAUCUGCGCCCUGCACCCAUGGGUCCCGAUCGCUCGCCCAGAGCUCGAACUUGUCAUGUCCCUGGUAGCGGACAUACAUAACACGUCGUUGAUGCUGGACGAUAUCCAAGAUUGUUCUACGCUUCGUCGCUCGAGUCCAGCUACGCACACCGUUUUUGGCACACCGCAGACGAUCAACUCGGCUGUUUACCAGACUGUCGAUACGAUACAGAGAGCUGCAAAUAGCAGAAAUCCGCAGCUGGUGGAGGUGGUGACAGAGGGAAUGAAGGAAUUGUUGGUCGGGCAGGGUCUCGAUCUGGUCUGGACAUCGGAAGUUGUAAUCCCAUCUCUGGAAGAAUACCUGCAAAUGAUUGACGGAAAAACGGGAGCCUUGUUCCUGAUGGUCGUCAGGCUGAUGAGCACCUUUUUGCCCGCGUCGGCUCCCAAGGCGCCGUUACACAGACUCAUGUUGCUGCUCGGGCGAUAUUUCCAGAUCCGGGACGACUAUGUGAACCUAACGUCGACUCAGUACACCGAUUCCCGAGGCUUCUGCACCGACCUGGACGAGGGCAAAUGCAGCUUCAUGAUACUGCACGCCAUGAACAGCGCCCAACCCUCGGCACGGAAUCUGCUCAGAAACCUGCUCCUGCAGACGCGGAGGGCGGGCUGCGCCGGGGAGCGCCACAAGGAGCUGAUGUUUUCCAUCAUCAAAGAGUCCGGGUCGCUCGAAUACGCGGCCGAGAUGCUCGGCGAGAUGGAAAAGUCUCUUUUUGCCGAGCUCGAGAGCAUAGAAACGGCUACGGGGGUCAAGAACCCAGUGUUGAGGGAACUGUUUGAUGCUCUGCGGGCCUGA